UCCUCUUCACCAUAUAGCGGCAAUGCUUUCUCAGACAAGCUGAGUUAACAGUAGUCCACGUCUGUCGGAGCUAACCGUCAUGGAGCAAAAUCACAAACAAGACGAGCAGAACGAGCUGUUCGCUGGCUUCAGCACAGCCUUUAAAUCAUUUGCUACAGAAGCUAUACAUGUAGGACAGGAACCGGAGCAAUGGAAGUCAAUGGCUGUGGUACCACCGAUUUCUCUAUCUACCACGUUCAAGCAGAACGGACCAGGAAACCACGCUGGGUUUGAAUAUAGCCGGAGUGGAAACCCGACAAGAAACUGCCUGGAGAAGGCUGUGGCUGCUUUAGAUGGAGCAAAGUAUAGCCUUGCUGUUGCCUCAGGGCUGGCAGCCACAUUGACCAUCACACACUUACUAAAGGCUGGCGAUGGCAUUGUCUGCAUGGAUGACGUGUAUGGAGGCACAAAUCGCUACUUCCAAAGAAUUGCCAGGGAAUUUGCCCUUGAGGUGUCGUUUGCUGACUGUACAAAGCCAGAGAAGCUGAAGGCGGCUCUAAAGAACAACACCAAACUGGUGUGGAUUGAGACACCCACCAACCCCACCAUGAAGGUUGUUGACAUCAGAGCCUGUUCUGAGUUGGUCCAUGAGCACAACAAAGACAUAGUGGUGGUCGUGGACAACACUUUCAUGUCCGCCUAUUUCCAGCGCCCCUUGGCUUUGGGAGCUGAUAUCUGCAUGUAUUCAGCCACCAAAUAUAUGAACGGUCACAGUGAUGUGGUAAUGGGUCUUAUCUCUGUGAACAGGGAAGAUCUGUAUGACCGACUGAAGUUUUUGCAAAAUGCACUUGGCUGUGUCCCAUCUCCCUUCGACUGUUACCUGUGUAACAGAGGACUGAAGACGCUACACCUGAGGAUGGAGUGUCAUUUCAAGAACGCCAUGGCUGUGGCUAAGUUCUUGGAGGCCGAUCCCCGGGUGGAUCGUGUCAUCUUCCCAGGACUGCCCUCUCACCCACAGCAUGAUGUAAUGAAGAGACAGUGCACCGGAUGUCCUGGGAUGAUCACCUUCUAUAUUAAGGGGCAACUGGAGCAUGCGACAGCCUUCCUCAGUAACCUUAAAAUGUUUGCGAUAGCUGAGAGUCUGGGUGGAUAUGAAAGUUUAGCAGAACACCCGGCGAUAAUGACUCACGCGUCGGUUCCGGAAAAAGAGAGGAACAUCCUGGGAAUUAGUGACACACUGAUCCGGCUCUCAGUGGGAUUGGAGGAUGAGGCAGACAUCAUUGAAGACCUGAAGCAGGCACUAGAUGCUGCUCAUCCAAAGAAGUAAGCGGUUUUCAUGAGGGUGAUCUCGAGGCUAAGGUUGAAUCAAUCGAUCGGGAUGAUGCUCGGAGGUACAUGAAGUCUUAAAUCACUGCAGAUCAACGUUUUGUACCUCAGUUAAGCGCACAAACAGCAAGGAUUCACCUAUCAGGGAACAGCUUAUAAAACAAAUGAUCUUAUAUGUGAAUAAUUAACACAAUUGUAACAUAAGAAUCUCUUUUAUGCCAAUCUUACUAGAACCUCACUUUUAAUCUUAUUUAUCUUGUGCUGGUUUUUGCUUUGUUUUUAUGUUUGUAUUUGUUUUGUUUUAAUUCAGUUUUUUUGGAAGGCUUUAAUGCAGCAGUCAGUCCAGAGUGAUGUGAGCAGUCUGAGGUUUUUCAGGAAAAUCACCAAACGCUGUAUUUACUGUAUCUUUUUACUGUUUAAGCCCGUGCUCUUCAGGCCGAAUCCUAGAUCUAAUGAAAAUAGCAUUCUCCAAAUGAAACGUCAUAUGUAUCCCCUCUGGUUUAUAAUCUGUGGUUGUAACCUGUAUCAAUAACAUCUUUCACAUAACUGGUAUAAUUAGCUCUCCACAUACGAACUGUGUUGAAAUUCAGACCAGCAUAGGUAAAGCUAAAAACUCUACGGACUGGCUGAGAGUCAGCAAUGUUUCUCAUACUGAAAUACUUAAAUUUUGCUCAAUUAACUAUACUCAAAGAAACUAUGCUGUUAUCCCCUAUAGCAGUGGUUCUCAACUGGUGUGUCCUCAGGACCCAUCACUGACUGAAUGAGAAGUUGUGACUCAAAUUUGAGAUUUUUUUUUUUUUGACCACUUAAAUAUUUUUAACGAAAAUAUUUGAACAAAAUGUGACUUGUUAUAGAGGCUCAGAGAGAACCUGCAUGCAUAAUUUGAUUUUACGUCAUCCUCUAUGAUAAUUAUUAUUAUUAUUAUUGUUAUUUUAAGGGAUGUGUGUUUUUGGAUUUUCACUGAUAUUUCCUAACUCAUUUUAGCCAGUACAGAUACCAGUACCUAUACCCAUAUAUACCUGUGCUACAAUUUCCCUGCAAGCCUUAUUGUGACAGUCUAUUGUCAUAUUCAGAAACAGACUUAAAACUAGAAAAACAUCUAGUUCUAAACUUAAUAAAAGCUGUAUUCUUUUUACAAAUAAGGGCAUUGAGCAAUGAAAAACAAUUUUUUUUUUUGGUCUUAAAAAAAAGAAAAUUCUUGCACAUUGCAUGCAAAAUGUAUUUUUUUUUCAGUAACAGUAAAUCAAGCUUCAUGUGCCUUUGUUCAAAGCUACAAACAGUUCUGUAAAACCUGCUCAACGUAGAGCACUAAAUUAAAAUGUGACCCCUUCUGGAGCUUAAUUUAUAAGGUUCAAAUUAAAUCUCUUAUCUAAAGAAAUUUUUUUCUCUGGUUCAAAUUGCUUGAAAUAACACAAAAAAUGUCUAAAGUGCAGAAAACUUAAACUAGAUGUAGUUUGAACCUAAAACUUCCAUCUUCAAAUAAGUUUGAAUGUUUAAGGAAUGAAGAUAAUAGAGAAAAAUUAACUACAGCCUAGGUAGGUCUAUUAAUUCUACUGUAAACUGCACUAUUGUAUUUUUACUUUCUGCCGAUAUAUACUGUGGAUAUAUUUGCAAAUAUAGUCAGGAAUGUGUCAUAUCUUCUGAUACAAAUUUCUUAAUUUUAAAAUUUAAUUUUCAUAUAUCAAUUUCAUACAGAUGAUUUCAUGAAUCCCAAAUUAUUUCUUAGGGAUUUGCUAAAUUAACUUGUUAACUUUGUUUUCAGUUGGGGAGCCAGUAGUCUAGUGGUCCACGCCCGAUGAACAGAUCUUAAAAACUAAGUCCGUUGUUGUUACAGGAAAACGGAGUUACUCUUAGGUCUACCAUAUAUCAGACUUUUUGCUGCAUUGUUUUCCAGAAACUCGUUCAUGACUCAAAUUUGGGUCAUGACCCAUCAGCUGAAAACCACUGCCUUUAAAGAUAAAUCGACCUUUGCGAAAUUAUGCUUUAUCAAGCAUAUGUGUGGUUAAAUAAGAUAUAUUUUCAAUUCAGUAGAGACGGAGCAGAAUUUUAUUUUUUCUCUUAAUUCUGAGAUUAGUGUCCCAUUUAUGCAGAAGAUCUGUUUUUCCAAAUUUAUUUGAAAAAUUGUCACUAAGAAAAAAAGCAAAAAAAUUCAGGCCCAUUUAUUUAGAGAUAAAUAUCUUGUUAAUGUGUUUUUUUUUUUUUUUUUACAGAAUUAGCAGGACAAUUAUCGUCUGUUUUUUUGGAUAAACAACCCUGUUGUUUUUUUUAAAAAUCAA